AUGCUAGAUUUGGCUUUCCGAAAUGAAAGUUCCGCUGUUAUUGAGAAAGCCAAAGCCAAGGAGAAGGCUAAAAAACUUAAAGCUAGCGAAAAAGAGCAGCGAUCAUCCAGACCAUCUAGUGCCACUAGAACAAAAAAAACAAGUAGAGCCUCCUCAUCGAGUGACCAGAGACUUUCAAGUCGAAGUAUUGCGGUAUCCUCAUCGAACUAUGAAGAUGACGACAAAUUUGAGUUGAACGAAAUCUUAACGGCUCCACGGCCAAGGGCCGCAUUGGCACCAUCAAUUGUUGAGCAGGGUACCUCAUACUUCAUCACCAACUUUGUGGCUGGAGUAUCCGGAUCAUCACACGGACAUUUCAAUUAUCUGAAGGACCUCUGCCGCAAUGGUGGUCUGGACGAAGCUUUAUCUACAAGCAUGACGGCUGUCGGUCUUGCUGGUCUUGCUAACAGAACCAAAUCACCUCAGUUACUCGGUGAAGCUCGUCAUGAAUAUAUGAUUGCGCUAAGGCGUGUCAAUGGUGCACUUAGAUCUCUCACAGAUGCUGUCAAAGAUAGUACUUUACUAUCUAUCAUGGUAUUAGCCGUAUUCGAAACAAUAACAUGUACCAAUCGAUUGUCUUUAAAAGCAUGGACCGAACACAUCAAUGGAGCCUCGACGCUUAUCAAGCUUCGAGGCCCCUCACAGUUCAAAACACGAGUGGGGGUUGGUCUGUUCAUGCAGAUAACAGCUCAUAUUCUCAUAAGCGCGCUACAGCGAGAAAUCCCGAUGCCACAAGAGAUUAUGGCGCUACGAGCCGCAGUUCAUAAGCAGCUUGACCUCCGGGAUCCUACUUUCAGAAUGCUGGCUAUCCUAGACAAACUUACGCACUUUAGAUCCGAUCUUCGAACCGGCAAAUUGAGCGAUAGUGAACAAAUCUUUGCCGCCGCUCUUGCUCUGGACGAAGAAUUACAACAAAUACUUGCUAAUGUACCACCCGACUGGGAAGUCGAGACUGUGCAAGCUGGGGAGAAUGAAGCUCCAGAGAUCGUGUUCAAGGGUUCUUACGACAUAUAUUACGACCAUUGGAUAGCGCAAAUAUGGAACUCGAUGCGAAAUUCUCGAAUCAUGCUCAAUGAGAUAAGUCGCAAACCGUCAACUUGGACUUCAUCUCCCGGUCACUCUACACCUCCAUCCCGCACCCCAUUACCUCUCAAUAACCUCCCACCUUCAACUCCUAAUACAAUUAGCAAUAUCCUCUCCACUCUUUACCAAGAUGCCUUCGUCCCUGAUACUCCCUCUAUUCCAGCUGAGACUGGCCUCAUACCCCCGCCUUUCUCUUUUCCUGCAGCGGGCGCCUAUUUCCUCGUCUGGCCACUCUAUAUCGCAGCCGUAUCUCGCGUUACUUCACCCGAGGACCGCACCUUCGCCUGUACCGCACUCCGCCGUCUAAUCAGCGAUACGGGUGUUACGCAAGGAGCAGCCCUGGCGCAUUUCAUUGAAACGAGUCCACGCAUGCACAAUUCUGUAAAGGAUAAUGGGAAAGAAUUUGAGAAUCGAGUGAAAAAUAGUACAGUAGGGCUUGGCAGGAGUAUUAUUGAUGGGGAUAAGAUGUCGAAGGGUAUGAUUAAGAGAGCGGGACCUUUGCCAGUCUAUACUUAUACAAGGGGAAUCAAUGAGAUUGAGGUCUGA